AUGUGUUUGUCAUUCUCUACCAAGCUCCAAGAUCCUGUUGAUCCACCUCCACGCCACUACAAGAACUAUGACAGCAAGUACCCGGUUUCUGGCAGCAGUGCGUAUUCUCGGCAAAGAGACCAAGCACGCACGAACAAAAUCAACGAAAUGAACGCGGCCAGCAAAGAAGCCCGUGCCAGAAACAAGAAACAGAAGAAGUCCUUCCUGCUGCGUAACCACGCUGGUGGAGCGAGUUCACUUCAUCAUGGGAGCAUGGCUGGAGCGAUUGCUGGCGGUGCUAUGGGGGGAGGAGGUGGUGCUGGUGCAUUCUGA